UUUAUUCAGUAGUAAGAGAGAGAGAGAGAGCAGACAGCUGUGAGGAGAGACUGCAGAACACAGAGCGAGAGACAGAGAGAGAGAGAGAAGGAGUAUAUGAGCUACAGGAGGAGGGAGAGUGAAUCAGGAUCAGGAGGAAGUGAAGAGGAGACAGGAGCUCAUCUCUAUCUCCAGCUCGCUGCUGCUGCAAGUGAGCCUUCUGUGUGUGGCCAUCCCUGAUAUGACCCUGUUCAAGAGUGAACAUCGCAGCCCACAGUAUAUGAGCAUGACCGGGGAGCUGAAAUCGAGCCGCUCAAAGAUGGGGGGAGCCAAGAGGCCGAGCAGCGCUGUGUACGGAUCGGAGCAUGAGCUGGACUACGACUGCUAUCAGGAGGAUCUGUAUGACAGGGUGUAUGACUAUCAGCGUGUCCCGUCAGCAGCGCCCCCACUGGCCCACAGCUCCAGCCUGGCCAAGAGAGCCCGCUCCUCCUCCUCCAGGCAGAGACGCAGCCGAGAGAGCUCAUCUUCCAAGAGCUCCAGACCCCACUCCUCCAACAGAGCCAAGUUGAAAAUGGAGGAGCUGCAGACUAUAAAGCGAGAACUGACUCUGAUAAAGGUUCAGAUCGAUGGGCUGUUGGACAGUCUGGACAGGAUGGACAGACAAAGGCAGGAGCACACAGGUUCACCCUUUUCUCAGGAUGGGAGUUUGGGGGGUUCACCAUACCACCCAUCAGCCAGCAGUCGAGAGGGCUCACCCAGAAGCCCCAGCCCUCGCCCCCGCCGGGCCCGGAGAGACAGUCCUGAGCUGGGGGAGGCCAGCGACGAUGAUUCACACAUGAUGAAUCAUCACAACUCUGACUUGGAGGACGAAAUGUAAAGAAGCACUGUUCAGACUGAACUGCUGAGUGAUGUAGCAAAGGAGAAGCAGUGCCAAACACAGAAGAAGAGCAUACCACUGAUUCCCAGGAUGCACCUGCAGUCUGCAAUGCAAAAUCAAAAGCCUGUUACUUCUUACUAACAUAGUGUUUUGAGGUUUUAAGAGUUUUUGUUAGCCCCUAUUUCCCCUUGUUUUCACACUUAUGUAGUUUUAGUGAUAUCAUCAUGUUCUAAUGCUAUCAUGCUGGUAUCUCCUAUAGCUCCUGUGAUUUAGGAAUCAUCAACCACUGUGUGUACUCUUAUCUUUCAUGUUGUAUCAUGGACCUCAGUAUAAAACAUAUAUACAAAAACCAGCCUUAACAUUAAAACCAUCUGCCUAUUAUAGUCUACACCCACCUUGUGCCACUAAAACAGCUCUGACCCAUUAAGGCACAGCAAAAGAGCUAUACACAGACCAGCCAUAACAUUAAAACCAUCUGCCUAAUAUAGUGCAGGCCCAUCAAAACACUUCUGGCCCAUCAUAGCACAUUUUGAAGGUGUAGCUCAUUUGUCACGUACGUUUUAACACAUUAUAGAUACCCCUAUAUAGAUCAGCUUUCCAUUGCUGGACUGAGGCCACUGGAACAAUAUAAGCAAUGUUCUUAACUUCACCUGUCAGUGGGUUCUAAUGUUUUGGCUGAUCAAGUUGAAUCUUACUGAGUUUUACUGUUUAACCCCUAAACAUCUGCCUGACAUUACACCACUAAUUCUUGAGGAUUUCUAUUCAAGCAUUAGAUAAAAAGCUUUCAUGUUUAAUAAAUAACAUUACUGAAAAUAUAACUGUAAUAGAAAAUAGAAAAUAGUAUUUAAAUAAGUGUGCUCAUGUCAAAAUCUAAUGAAUAAAAUUGGCUCUUUCCUGAACUUCAUUUUAAAAUCAAUAUUCUUCUGAAUACAACUCAACCAGUUCAUGUCCUUCAAACCUUUAGUUUUUAUUUGAUAUGUCUAUUUUCAAACAUGCAGAAUUUGGGUUUGAUUCUUGUUACUGAUCUGGAAUUAUUAAGUGGAGUAGAGAGUGAACAGGCAGCUUCUCCAAAUGUCCUGUAGUAAAUUUCAAAGCCCUCAAAUUUUCAGAAUGUAAAUAAGUUAUUUUACCGCAGAAAAAAAGGGUUCAGUAUCACCUUCACCUGUAGCCUGUAUAUGGGACAAGGCAUGUUAAGGGGUUAAGUCUCCUUAUGAGAACCAAUGUUGUUGCCAUGACAAGGCGUGGCUCUAAUUUGUAUGUGAUUUUAGCUUUCAUAUUUAAUAUGUAUAAAUUAUUUAUGUUAAUUGAAGGCCAUAAAAGUAUACGAGGCCUAAACAUGCAAUUCACAUCUUUAAACUUCACUGAAAAGGUUUCUUUCUAGAUUCUUUGUGUGAUUUUUUUUUCAUGCUCAAAUUUGUAAGCAGCAGCUUUUGCUGUACAGACUGAACUAUCUCUCUCUCUCUGAAUGAGACGUAAUAAUGGAUCCUCUUCUUCUGUGUUCCCGGAGCUUCAGCCUGAAUGAAAAGGUCUGGGUCAAUGUGUAAUAUUGUGUAAUAUUGUAAACUCUGUUUUAUGUGUUUCUGGCUGUCUGAUUUUAUCUUGCGGUUUGUUUUGUUUAUUUUGUUUUCAUUUUUGAAAAAAGAGAAGAAAUAAAAGACAUAUCUGAGACUGUUUCAGUAGAAUUCUAGUGCUGUUUGUUAGGAACGAACUGGUUCUUUUCUCUUUCUUUUGCGCCCACAUGAAGCCGAGUGGAGCUCAUGCAUUGUCACAGUAGUAAAGGUAUUUUCAUAUCGAUUAAAAAGCCUCUUGGUG